AUGGCCACUUUUCUAUAGCCACAAAAUAAGAGAAAAAUCAAAUCUUUACGAUAGUCUCUCGCAUUUCGACAAAAAAAUAAGCACAAAAUUUAAAAAUUCAUAUUGUUACCGUAAGUGUAGGCCAGAAUAAAUUCAAUAUUUUCAUAAACUUUUCACAAAAUAAUAAUACAAUUUGUGUAUGGCUGAAUCAAAGUGAUAAUGUUGACAUUCAAUAUGGCGGUAUGUCGUCAGUGCUAUGCUGUGUCGUGCUUGUGAGAGUCGGGUCAGGACGUAUCAGACAGUAACCGCACACGAUACACCCUCCCGAACCGAUCUAAUGCACCGCAGAGCUCCGAUUCAGCAAGCAUUGAAGACAUCUGAGGAUAUAUUUUAUCAUAGUCGUAGUUUUAUUUUAUGUUUCAACAUUAGUGGUUUUGGUGUUUAAAUUGUGACUGCAAUCUAUCUCAGUGGUGUUCUCUUGAACACAAAGACUAAAAAAUGUGAUUUGAUUUAAAAAUACUGCUGCUGUUUAGGAACUUGAACACCACGCGAUUUUCUGUGAUACUUAUAUUCAUUAAUAAAACUGAGAUUUUCGACCUAUAUACAAGGAAUACAGUCAAAAAGCAAUGUCCAGUAAUCCUCAGUGGAAAAUGUUCCAACCGCCAGAUUCCCACCCGUCUCCCCUGCAGGAUAUACUAGACCUCCAGCACUCAAACAUGCAGGCAAAACAGGCCUACCGCAAUGGCACCUUCAGCAGUGAGUACCCCAGCUCACCCAGGGACAACUUUAGCAACAUGAGUAAGACGGGUGGUGGCAACCGAUUCCCUCUCGGCAACUACAACCUGGAUGGGUGCCCCAUGGGUGACUCCGUCGGAGUAUACUCAUCUUCUGGCUCUACCAACAACUCCUCAUCUCAAUAUGACUCCAUGAACCACCCCCCUAUAAGAGAGACAGGAAUCAUUGAAAAACUAUUGCAUUCAUAUGGAUUCAUACAGUGCUGUGAGAGGCAAGCGCGCUUGUUUUUUCACUUUAGUCAAUUCAGUGGAAAUAUUGAACAUCUUAAAAUCGGAGACCCUGUGGAAUUUGAAAUGACAUAUGACCGGCGCACUGGGAAACCCAUCGCAUCCACAGUCACUAAGAUUGCUCCUGAAGUGGUGCUGAGCGAAGCUCGCGUCACCGGUACGGUCACGACUGAGGUGAAAGGUGAAGGAUCUGGAGAUAAUACAGGGAGAAUUUCAUAUGAGAACCGCGGUGAAUGUUUUUUCUUACCGUACACAAAAGAUGAUGUUGAGGGUAAUGUGACAUUACGCACUGGUGAUGCCGUGAGCUUCCAGAUAGCUACUAACCAAAGGGGAACUCUGGGCGCCUGCCACGUAAGGUUUGAAAAUCCCGUUCAUCCAGUCAAGUAUCAUGGCGUUGUCUGUUCUAUGAAAGAAAAUUUUGGAUUCAUUGAAAGAGCGGACGUGGUGAAAGAAAUAUUCUUUCAUUAUUCUGAAACUAAAACUAAGGAAGAUUUAACUCUCGGAGAUGACGUCGAGUUUAUCAUCCAGACCAGAAACGGCAAGGAGGUGGCGUGCAACAUCACCAAGCUGCCCGGCGGCUCGGUGGUGUUCGAGGACGUCAGCCCCGAGGUCAUGCGCGGCCAGGUGCUGAAGCCGCUGGAGCGCGGCGCCGCGCGCGCGCCGCAGAACGACCCGCUGCCCGGCCGCAUCCGCUACCGCGCCGCCGACCACUCGGAGGUCGAGGUGCCGUUCGGCGACAAGGACCAGUGCGGCGAGUUCACGCUGCGGCACGGCGACUGGGUGCAGUUCCAGGUGGCCACGGACCGGCGCGACCAGCUCAAGCGCGCCACCAACAUCUCGCUGCUCGACGAGUCCUUCAACGUCUCCGGCGAGCGGCGCGAGCAGGGCGUGGUGUGCUCGCUGCGCGAGGGCUUCGGCUUCAUCCGCUGCGUGGAGCGCGACCAGACCAUGUUCUUCCACUUCGCGGAGGUGCUGCGCCUCGGCCACGAGCUCUCCGUGGGCGACGAGGUGGAGUUCACCGUGGACCCGGUGAGCUCGUUCUCGAACAUGAGCUCGCGGCAGUCGGCCAUCCGCAUCAAGCACCUGCCGGCGGGCUCCGUGAGCUUCGAGGCGCUGCUGGAGCGCGGCGUGCGCGGCGUGGUGACGCGCGAGCCGCCGCCCGCCAGCCCCACGCACUCGCACGAGCCCCAGGAAUCCAACGGACUGAUCACGUGUCAGAUCAACGGAGCCAAGAAGUCCAUCCCGUUCUCCGCCAAGAAGUGCGAGUCCAAGAUGAGCCCGCGCCUCGGCGACAAGGUCGUGUUCGACGUCUACCAGGUGAAGCGCAGCAAGGAGCUGGUGGCGCAGGGCGUGGCGGUGGCCGUGGCGCCGGGCGCGGCGGGCGCGGGCGCGGGCGCGCCUCCCAACGGCGCCGGCCGCCCGCUGGUCUACGGCUUCAUCGCCGCGCUCAAGGACGGCUUCGGCUUCAUCGAGACCGCCGACCACACCAAGGAAGUCUUCUUCCACUUCAGCAACCUGGACGGGUCGCCGGACGCGCUGGAGCCGGGCGCCGAGGUGGAGUACAGCGUGGGGCGCGGCGGCGUGGGGGGCGCGGGCGGCGGCGGCUGCGCCAGCGCCGAGUGGGUGCGCGCGCUGCCGCGGGGCUCCGUGCCGCUGGCCGCGCCGCUCGAGCCCACGCUGCACGGCACCGUCACGCGCACGCUGCGCGCGCUCAACCCCGACCAGCAGCACUACUCAGGCAUGAUCCAGGCGGACGGGUCGGGCGCGGCGUACGAGUUCGGCAUCACGGGGCUGGCGUGCAAGCGCGAGAUCCUGCAGGUCGGCGACCCCGUGACGUUCCAGGCCGACGCCGACGGCCGCGCCGCCAACAUCGUGCCCGUGCGCAAGAAGCGCCGCGCCACGGUCGAUGCCAUCAAAGGUUCACACGCAUGCGGGUUCGGCUUCCUGUCGGUGGAGGGCGAGGACUGCCGGCGGCUGUUCUUCCACAUGUCGGAGGUGCGCGGCAACCCGUCCGAGCUGGCGCCCGGCGACACCGUGGAGUUCGUCAUGCUCACCAACCCGCGCAACGGCAAGUCCUCCGCCUGCAACGUCGUCAAAGUCGCCAAGACCGCGGGCAAGACGCGCGGCGAGCGGCCGGAGCGGCUGCUGGCGCGCCUGCGCACGGCGUCGCUGGAGGAGGCGGCCGGGCCGCGCGUCGUGGUGCUGCGCGCGCCGCGCGGGCCCGACGGCGGCCGCGGCUUCCGCCCGCGCCGCCCGCUCGCCGACCUCCUGGCGGAAUGAGGAGCGCGCGCCGCUGCGCAAGCCUGAACACUCUACAGCUAUGUAGGACACCUGUGGUUUGAUUUCAAAUUCAAAAUGUUUCUUUGUAUUCAUGAGAGACUGACUGAUCCUCUUUCUGUAGAAGCAUUUAAAAUUAUUUUGUUAAUAUUACUCGCCGUAGGGAAUAAAAUUGUAAUAAAUUAUUGUCAGCUCGCGCAUGUCUCAGCCGACCGCGCGGCGCGAGCGACGUGGCGCGGUCACGUGAGGAACAUAUCAAGUUAUGAACCGAUUGUUUGUUGUUGCACGUUAGAGCUCAUAAGAGGUUCUUUUUCGCAUAGAGACGUUGUUCAAAAUUCCGCGCUGCUUGUUGGUUUGCCAAGUUCCGGCGGCGACGCGGCCGGCGUGUACAUAGUGUGUGACGCUUGCACCCGACACCGCUCCAACUGGCGAGUGCGAGUUAAAUUAUUAAGAAUGGACUUUGAUUUGUACAGUAAUGGUAAUAAGUGUUUAUAGUCGUGUUGGUAUGAUAUAGAUCGCUCGGCACGCGCGCGGUGCCGCGGAGCCCCGCUUCGCUUGCGGCGGCUCGUUGCUGAUAAUGUUAGAUCUCGCGAAACUUCCUGUGAUUUUUGACGAACUUAAAUUUCCGUGCAAUACAUUUUGUAAUAAUGAAUAUUGGAUGUGUUACUGGUAGGCGAUACUAGAGUUAGAGACGCGCGAGCGCCGCCGCGCGGCCGCGCGACGCUUCGUACUCGUGUCUCGUAUGCAAUGAACUGGAAUGGAACCAAAGACUGAAAAAUAUUUAUUACAAUGAUAAUAUUGGUAUUAGAUUAUGUUAAUUAACCUUACGUCGAGAGCCCGCCGGCGUCGCCGCUUGAGCCGCCGCACAACGCUUCGACGUUAUCGUAGUUAAUCUUCACAGUCAGAUGUUUAAUUUGAGAUCACAACUGUAAAUAAACUCAUAUCGUUGUCAAACUGGUAUUCGUUAACAUUGUUGGAUUGUACUCAGUCGCUACUUAGGGCGCUUUCAAUUUAGACGUUUGGUGUCGGUCUUCGUGCGUUUGCAGGUCACACGGUAAAUUGUAUGACAACUGACUCGGAAUAAAAUUGACUAUAGUGUGUGGUCUUGCAAACGCACGACACGUGUGACACGUGCCAAGCGUGUUGUUGUGUGAACAACUCGCCUUGGAUCCGAUGACGUCUUGAAACCGGCUUUGAUUUAUAAUCAUUGGUGGAAAUACUGAUUCAAUGUUGUUCAAAUGCCGAUGGCGGGAGAGUUCAAUUUCGAAUUUUAAGUCUAAAACAAAUUAAUUCUGACUUAAAUAGAAAGACACGGGUCUUAACGCGACAUUUAUUAAUGAGUUACGUUACGCACUCACGGCUUGACGUUUAGGGUCUUUCUAUUUAAGCCGAAAUGGAACGCGAAAGUUUAAAAUCUUAAAUUUAUUCUGUUACAACAAAUAAAAGGACACUAAAAUAUGUCAUAUCCCUGGUACUAGUCAAAGACAACGCCAAAUAUUAAGUCUGGAAUAAGGAAAUCGUACCAAAAACAUAUUCAUGUAAAAUGUCAAAAGGAACCGUAUAGCUCGUCGUAUGACUGGUCUGGAAAAAGUUAUCAAAUCUCAUGUAUAGCCACAGAAAAAGUAAUAGUACAGGUACAGAAGGAUUACUCCGCAAGACGAUUUAAAUAAAUGCGAGUCUUGCUACGACGCGAUACAGUGGAAUUCAGCUCGCACAGCACUACGUACCUACAAUUUUAUUCACCUACAAGUUUUGUCUCUUUCUAUCGCGUGCCUCUGAACUCUUCUUACGCUGUUAGGGUUGCUGUCUAGUGAAAAAAUAAUUAAUCUACUUAUUUGUAAUGAGGUAAGUAUGUAGGUAAGUACGCAUUCAUUAUGGAAAACCUUGGGAGAGGCUUUUGUCCAGCAGUGGACGUCAUUUGGCUGAAACGAACGAACGCAUUCUGAGCAGUAGUCAUGGUAGGUUAGGUUCCUGUACUAUCCUAAGAAUUAUUGAUUACCUACAUGGCCAACAUACCUUUCAGCAUCUUUGGGAAGCGAAAAAAAAGAUAAAUCCGGUAGAUUUCUUUUCGAAUUUAAACACCCGAACGCCGCACAAUAAUAUUUCUUUCUCUUUAUGUCCAUUUUUAAAUAAUACUUCGAUCAUAGAAUGUACUACAACGCACGCCAGCGUCCUGACGGGCGCGCGCGUGACACUCGACUGAUAUAAUACCCGCCGGCGGGGCGCUUCGCUGUAGGUAAUUAUCGGAUGUACCGAGCGGAGUGAGCCAGGCCUGGUAUAGCCAAGCUUCUAACAGCACACCUCAGUCUAAACAUGUGACAUGUGUUUCGCUGUCGUACGUGGGCGUAAGGUGAAAAUGUAUUCACUGCUCAUUACUUUUCUGUUAUGCUAUCUCUUACGAUAUAUUGGAAAGUCCGAUUUGCCGAUUUCUGCGACUUUUUACAGUGAUAUGUAUAAUUUAAUAUCCUUACUACUUCUUUCUACUACUACUUACUACUACUACUACUUACUACUAUUAUAAGGGGUGAAAACGAUAAGUGAUCUCACUCGAUUAUUUCUUAACUAUUGAUAUCAAGAAACUGGUUACCUACUGAUCCUGAAAGAGCUUCACGAGCUUUAUUAAAAGGUGUCAUUUGUAGGUUACUUAUUAAAGUGAAUCUAUUGAAAAAUUCAAUGUUUGUAGCUUCCAUACAUUUAGUACCUACAGUCACAUGGAACAUCAUCUCUUGCAAAAAAGCCUAAAACCAAUGUUUUCCAUGAAUAAUUUUAAAUAGGAAUGCAAUUCACGAGUUUCUUCCGAGUUAAUUUUUUUAACAGUACUAGUAAGUUGUGGCAGCUAAAUGUAUGGAAGCUGGAAACAAUGAAUUUUUGAACUUAAUUUUGAUAUCGUUGGUUAUAGCUUAUGAAGAAUUCGCUUAUUUUGUAUAAAUGGUCAUCCAUAAAUUCAAAUUCAAUAACUCUUAUCAUCUCCUUAAGUUUGGCACGCUCUUUACGGGACACCCUGUAUACUAGUUAACUAUUUUCUGGAGAGUGCAAAGCAAAAGGCAAAUGCAUGGCAAAAGGUACGACAAAUUAUUAAGGACAUCAAAUGUGCUUGUUUUGACAUAUAAAAAGGUUUUAAAUAACCUAGCUAUUAAUAUUGUCACGAUCAUUUACUAAAAAAAUUGUUUGAUUUUGUGUAGUGCAGCACUCGGCGCGGCUCCGGGCGCUCGGGAAGGCCUUCAAUGUUCUUGAAGUUAUUUGUACUUGUACACCACUACACGUGUGACAAGUACUAGUAAUAUAACCCAGUAACACCAUAAUAGUGUGCAGGCUUUAUCAAACAUUUAUAUUUAAUUUAAAACCAGUGAACCUGCAUACUAAUAAUAACCUAUUACUUAAAACAUUAAAGCUACGCAUUGGAACUAAAAAGAUUUUAAGCUUUAAUUUGCAUCCAGUGAAGUUCCGAAUUUCUUAAUGCUACGCGAAGUUGCAGUGGCGGUCGCAGGCACUUGUACCCAACUGUCUGUAAAUUAAAUUUAAUGUACAAUGUAAAAACUUUAAUAAAUUACAGUUAAUUUAUUAUAUUGUUUUUAUUCAUAAAACCUGCAUUAUCUUACUGUCUCAGUAAGCUCAGAUGCCGACAUCAAGGCUAGCUUGCUCUCGUCCGCGACUACAGGACGGCCACUAGCCGGCACGACUGAUUCGCAAGUCGGUGUUGCCGUGGUGAACUGGUAGCGGUCAAGUGCUCUGUGCAAACCACGAGUCUGUAUUGGUUCUUGAAUACAAUUUCACAUUUUUACCAUGUCUACCUUAGGAUGUCCAAACAGGACCGCGGAAAUGGUUUAAUAGUAUGACUUGUAGUUAUACAACACCGACUAGGAUUAUGUGAAAUUUCUAUCGGGGAAAAAGUGUAACUUGUGGUGUCACAAUGUUAUUUAUUAGUAUCGUAACGGCAUCACGUUUGUUUACAUUAGUGAUCUCGAAUUAUAGAUCCGACUCCUAGUAUGUAAUGUUGUAACCGGUUUAUAUUAAAGUCAAUGUUAACGAUAUAUUUGGGGACUCAAUAGAUUAGGUACCCGAAAUUAUAAGCUAUGCCUAAUGUUGAAAUUUUAUAUACUUAAGGUUUAUUAAUAUUUUUCAUGACAAUCUCGUGCGAUACGAACGAAGGCUUAACGUAGCGCGACGCAUGAGGAACGAGCAAUAAUGACGAGCACGGGAGCACAGCGCUCCCUUCGGUGUUUGUAUAUUAAAAUCGUUAAGAGUAACUUGUAAAGCUUACUAUUAUCCAAAGAAAUAGGAAUUUUGAACAAACGUUUUAUGCUUAUAUUAUGCUUUAAUGUGGACAGACUUUUUUUGCUGUAUCUUAUAUCUUCGCAUGUAACCAUUAUAGUAAUAGUGAAAUGUAUUAAUCGGCAUAUUCGGUGUUGUAGUGUAUGAGUCGCCCGGCGCCCGCCCGGGCAUAGGUAUUAAUGCUAGUCUUACGAUAUCCACGUGAGCGCAGCACCGCCUGCGAGUCCUCCGACCGUGAGUCUUGUGAGAUCUGACUGGACUGUAGUGUUCGACCUCAAUGUUCUCGUUUUUCAUAUAGAAUACGAAUUU